AGUAGGACACACAAAUUAGUUUUAGUCUUAUCACAAAGAAGAAGAAGAAAAAAAGGUAGAGAGUAGUAGACAAGGGAGAGUACUUAUCCAACUCUCUUUGUUUCUUUCCUUUCCAUAUUUUUGCUCUCAAAAAUCCAAUUAUUAUAAAGUUUUUGAAGGAAUAAAAUGGGACGUUCACCAUGUUGUGAGAAAGCUCAUACAAAUAAAGGAGCUUGGACUAAAGAAGAAGAUCAACGCCUUGUUAAUUAUAUUCAUUCUCAUGGUGAAGGCUGUUGGCGUUCUCUCCCUAAAGCUGCAGGAUUGCAAAGAUGUGGAAAGAGCUGCAGAUUGAGGUGGAUAAAUUAUCUAAGACCUGAUUUGAAAAGAGGGAAUUUUACUGAAGAAGAAGAUGAAUUGAUCAUCAAACUCCAUAGUUUGCUUGGAAACAAAUGGUCUGUGAUCGCCGGAAGAUUACCAGGUAGAACUGAUAAUGAAAUCAAGAAUUAUUGGAACACACACAUUAAGAGAAAACUCAUUAGCCGUGGCCUUGAUCCACACACACACCAACCACUCAACACCGCCGCCACUACUGCCGCCACCGCCACCGCCACCAAAAACAUCUGCUUGGACUUUAGAAACACCUCAGUAGCAGCAACCCCUUUAUCUCUAAAUGAUGAAAACCCCACAAAUUAUUCAUCUUCACUUGAAGAAGAAACCAAAUGCAGCAGUAGUACAACUGAGGAAAGACCGCCGCCGUUAGAGCCGGCGGCGGCUCCGGUGGCCGCUACUCAGAAAAGCUCCGGUGAAGUGAUGAUCAAUCUUGAACUUUCAAUUGGGCUUCCAUUUCAGGCUAUGGUGGCGCAACGGCGGCCGACGGCGGCAGCACCGGUGGCCGCCACUGCGUUGGUGGAGAAAGCAGUGUGUUUGUGUUGGCAAAUAGGAUCUCAAAGUGGUCAGCAGUUUUGUGGUAAAUGUCAAACCACAAAUGGAUUUUACAGAUGCUGCUGACUCCUUUUUGGGGGUAAAUAGAGAUUUUAUUUUUAAAAUUUUAGGUUUAGAUAUUAAUUUUUCCUUUUAAAAUUAUGCUUAAAUUUUUGCCUCACAAUUGUAAUCAUCAAGCUAGACCUUUUUAACUAGUUGUAUAUUCUGUGACAAAACUUUCUUACUUUGAGAUUAGUCGUACGAAAUGGAAAAUGUAUUCGUAGUUUCUAAUGUUUAUUCCAUUUUAUACUAGGAGUCCAUUUGGAAAGUCAUCAUGUAAUUGGAAUUGGUUUAAUUAUUAGGGUAAUAAUUACACACCCUGGUAAUUA